AGAGCCGGUCUUACGAAGCCUCGGAAUUACUCCAAGGGGACACCUGAGGACAAACAUAUCUCCUUCUCACUAAACCAACACGUUGCGUUUAUUGUGCCUAAGGACGUAAGGGGGCAAUUUAGAUCAUCUUAAGAGCCGAGCUAAAUACAGACCGUGGAAAUGGUUUAUUUAUAGAGCGGUUAUAGUCUUUUGUCCUGUAUGAAAAGCAAAAAACGUAGGUAUUUAUUUUAUAUAGUAACUUGUCCUUUAAUCGCCACCCAAAUACGUACAGUUAUUACUUAUGAAACUAAUAGUGAGGGCUUUUUUUCUUUCUUUAUUUUCUUUCCCUCUUCUUCCUGCUCUUAUCCUUGCUCUUAUUCUUAUUCGGUUUCCUUUCCUUCAUAUUCCUAUUCUUCCUUUUGUUUAUUUUCGUAUUCUUUUUUUCUUCUCCUUUUUACCUUUAAGGGGGUCACUGAUAACAUAUUUAUCCUAUAAUACAUAGGUUAUGGCAAUGUGGUAACCUGAAAACAUAAUACAUGAUGAAAGUCUGUGGAUGGCUUCACCUUAGAUUGAGUUAAGUACUUCGGUGAUGAUUGUUAGGCCACAUAUGUAAUAGAGGAAGUGGCCAGCAGGUUUGGGGGAUGCUUUGUAAUGGCACUACCAAAAAAGGGUCUUUUACACUCCAUCUAGUACAGCUUCACAUUUGUAAAGGUCGUUCAACAUUUUGUCACCUAACCUAGUAGCCCCGACCGCAGAGCAACCCUUAAGCCGGCCCUAGAUGAUAGUGGAGGUAAUGCUUAGAUAAGUUGUAUAGCUUCAUCUCGCUCGCAAUGUUAUGCUAGGUGCGAUGUCUGGUCAGGAUACUGGCUUUACUAUUCCUCUCUGAGAUCGAAUGUACACGACGAACAAUGCUAUGGUGGUAGGAAGGAGGGGAUAUCUAGUCGUCAUCUUCAUCUUCAAGAAAAGACAUGAUUACUUCCCGGUAGAGUGCGGUAUCUUUGCUGGGGUUCAUGCGAAUGGUUCGCUGCUCUAUUUCUUCUUCGGAUAGUUUAAAGUGGUGAAGAAACCGUUUGCAUUCGGGGAAUGUUGUGGUUAGAACUAUCUUGGUAC